CUCCCAGUAAAAAUCCCAAAUCAUGUGACAGGCCUAAUAGAAGAAAACGACACAUUGUUUAUUUCAGCAAUGAACUGCAAUACCAUCUUUGUACUGGACUUAAAAGAAGGAAAUCACAAAUAUUUGCAGCACCCUUUGUUGAAAGACACUUGUGCCAUGGAGCUCCAUCAAGACAGACUCAUUACAAUAUCCAGCGACGGGAAUGCAGUUGUAUGGGAUUUAAAAAGCUACAGAGUUUGCUUGUACUUUCACAUCUUUGACAGUCCUGAAGUGCAAUGUAUAGGUGAUGCAAACCAAGGCAUCAUAUUUGAAAGGGAGCCUUUAAUUAAAGACCUGGAGGACCCUGAACUCUUGGCUUUGAGUACAGGUUAUAAAAACAUGGGUGGACUUGUCUCUACUUCUCUACAACAUAGGGAGACUAACAGUAAAAUAGCUUCAUUGCUUGUGUCAUAUGAUGGUUUUGUCUUUGCCUGGUCAAUUGACGCAUGUGGAGGAGUGAUAGCAAAAUUUAGAGCAGUGACAGAGAAAAGUGCAAAGAUUACCUGCAUGACAACUGAUACAACAGAAAAUAUACUACUGACUGGUGACAGCACUGGAAUAAUCUGUCUGUGGGACAUUCAGGGAUAUGCUGACAGAAAAAAGAGUGACCCUGUGCCUCAUGAAAGAAUUAAAGGAUGGCGCACAUCGCUCUGUGCACCUCCACUGCUGAGAUCUUGGCAGAGUGGUAACGAUUGGAUUGUGAGCGUUUUAUUAUGCCCCGAUUGCGACGUUAUAAUAUCUGCAGGAUUGGAUCAAAAUGUCAAAAUAUGGAAUAUGAAGGGUGACUUUUUAGGGACCUUCAUGAAGGACAGAUGGGAUCCCAGUGUCUUGAUGUUCCCUGAGAGCAAAGACAGAAAAGAGUUUAAAAAGGUGAAGAAAACUGACGACGGUAAAAGAAAAAUAUUAGUAGAAAAGGAUCCAUUGGGACCUGCAAAAAAGGAACUCAUGCAUCUGAUUCAACUAAUAAAAACAGAUAAACAUGAGCUGGACAGUCUGAAUUCUCGCAGUUACUUGUGUGAAAAAAACCAGACAAAAACUAAACCUGUUGCACGCCCACCUGUUUCUCAGAGAACAACAUUACCAAGGACUAAAACUACCUUUGUAAAAACUGAAAGGACCCCCAAGACUCUUGAGAAGACAGCAGGACAAUCACACAUUCCAAUUCUCAAAGAUAAGAAAAAGCUAACAGAAACUAAAUCUGUUGCACACCCACCUGUUUCUCAGAGAACAACAUUAUCAAGGACUAAAACUACCUUUGUAAAGACUCUUGAGAAGACAGCAGGACAAUCGAACAUUCCAAUUCUCAAAGACAGGAAAAGGCUAACAGAAACAAAACCUGUUGCAUGCCCACCUGUUUCUCAGAGAACAUUAUUAAGGACUAAAACUCCCUUUGUCAAAACUGAAGGGACCCCGAAGACUCUUGAGAAGACGGCAGGGCAAUCACACAUUCCAACUCUCAAAGAUGAGAAAAAGCUAAAAGAAACUAAACCUGUUGCACGCCCACCUGUUUCUCAAAGAACAACACUAUCAAGGACUAAAACUACCUUUGUAAAGACUGAAAGGACGCCCAAGACUCUUGAGAAGACAGCAGGGCAAUCACACAUUCCAAUUCUCAAAGAAAAUAAAAAGCUAACAGAAACUAAACCUGUUGCACGCCCACCUGUUUCUCAGAGAACA